CGGUGCUUCAUUCACGCACAAACCCGCAUCCGUUUAUCAAUAAACCCGAAACAAAGCGCGCGGACAGACACGCAGGUGUGGACAUGUAACGCACGUGUAAACGCGUGUAAAGACGUUGGAGUUUGUGCUGAAUAAAGGCGGGAAAAAAGAAACCAGUUUGAUCAUGAAAGAAUAAAUCACCAUUUUACACCAGAACCAGAAGCACCAGAGCAUCGCGAGCGCCAUGGCUGAUAGAGAAAUGUGCUGCAGGAUGAAGCUCCUGAAGUUGCUUCUGCUGCUCUGCAUCUUUGCUCUGUGGAUAGACGGAGGAUUCGCCAAAGAAAAGUCAGCUAAGAAAGGCAAGAAGAAAGGCAAACAGGUCUACUGUCCAUCGCAGCUCUCCUCAGAAGACCUUGCUCGAGUUCCUGCUAACUCCACAAGUAACAUCCUGAACCGGUUGCUCAUCAGCUACGACCCCAGAAUACGCCCUAAUUUCAAGGGAGUACCUGUGGAGGAUCGUGUCAACAUCUUCAUCAACAGCUUUGGCUCCAUCCAGGAAACCACCAUGGAUUAUCGUGUGAACAUUUUCCUGCGUCAGCGCUGGAACGAUCCGCGUCUCCGUCUUCCUCAAGAUUUUAAAUCCGAGUCUCUGACCGUUGACCCAAAGAUGUUUAAGUGUUUGUGGAAACCAGAUCUGUUUUUUGCCAAUGAGAAGAGCGCCAACUUCCACGACGUCACCCAGGAGAACAUCCUGCUCUUCAUCUUCCGAAAUGGAGACGUCCUCAUCAGCAUGAGGUUAUCAGUUACUCUAUCGUGUCCUCUGGACCUGACACUUUUCCCCAUGGACACUCAGAGAUGCAAGAUGCAGCUGGAGAGCUUCGGCUACACCACAGAUGACCUGCAGUUCAUGUGGCAGUCUGGAGAUCCAGUGCAGAUGGAUGAAAUCGCUCUUCCUCAGUUUGAUAUCAGACAGGAGGACAUUGAGUACGGGAACUGCACCAAAUAUUACACAGGAACCGGUUACUACACGUGUGUGGAGGUGAUCUUCACCCUCAGGAGGCAGGUGGGCUUCUACAUGAUGGGUGUAUACGCUCCUACGCUGCUCAUCGUCGUGCUCUCCUGGCUCUCCUUCUGGAUAAAUCCGGACGCCAGCGCCGCACGGGUGCCUCUGGGGAUCCUGUCGGUUCUCUCGCUGUCCUCAGAGUGCACUUCUUUGGCCUCAGAGCUGCCCAAAGUGUCGUAUGUGAAGGCCAUCGACAUCUGGUUGAUUGCGUGUUUGCUGUUCGGCUUUGCGUCUCUGGUGGAGUACGCUGUGGUGCAGGUGAUGCUCAACAGCCCCAAGCAGCUGGAGGCCGAGAAGGCGAAGAUCGCCAGCCGAGAGAAAGCUGAGAGUCGAGUGGCGGCUAAAAUGAACAAUCUGAACGGAGCUGGAGGAACACCAUUACACAUCAGCACUCUACAGGUGACUGAGACUCGCUGUAAGAAAGUUUGCACGUCGAAGUCAGAUCUGCGCUCGAGUGACUUCAGUAUCGUCGGUUCUCUGCCACGGGACUUCGAGCUUUCGAACUUUGACUGCUACGGGAAGCCGAUCGAUGUCGGAAAAGCGGCGGGAAAAACGCAGGCCAAAAACAACAAAAAGCCUCCGCCGGCUAAACCUGUCAUCCCAUCAGCUGCCAAACGCAUCGACCUUUACUCACGCGCCAUCUUCCCCUUCACCUUCCUCUUCUUCAACAUCAUCUACUGGUCUGUCUACCUGUGACCCUCCUCCUCUCCCUCCAUCCCUCUAUCACUACUUCCUGCAGUCAUUCCCAUCUGUCCGUCUCCAUCAUUAGGCAUCAAACAGAACAGUUCCACACACACACACACACACACACACACUCGUGUACAGAGAUGAUAGGAAAAGAGCGCUAAUGAAAGAUUCAACUAAUAUUAUAAUUACUAUGUUUGAGUUAUUUCUCAUAAAUUCAGUCUAUUUUAACGAAGUAUUUAUUUAAUAAAUUACUUUAUAUUUAUUCAUUGAUGCUAAUCUAUUGAACGUCUGCACACUUAUUAUAGAAAAACAAUUAUUAUCCCGCAUGUGCUAACUGUAUGAUAUAAAUAUUCAUAUAUUGAUAUAUUUAUGCUUCUAAUGUUUAUUUUUGGAUCUCUGCAUCAGAAGAUGAUGAUGAUGAUGAUGAUGAUGAUGAUGAUGACGAUGAUGAUGAAGCUUGUUGGUCUUGUACAGAAGAACACUGCCAUACUGAACUGUAUUGUUUGAUGAUCUUUCAUGUGUGUAAAAGCUCCUGCAUCUCCUGUGAUUGUGAAAAUUUAUCCAACAAUAAAAUGAACAGGACCAACGGCUGUG